CUGUAUAAUUAGUGCGUCUAAAUUCAUAUCCACCGUAUGAGCCAUUCAGUAGUCGUCAAGAAAAUGUCCGUUACGACUGUCGCGUAAGAGGGAAAUAAAAAGGUGCCCAUCGAACGGUGGAUCUUGCUCGGUUCAAUAUGUACGCGACUAUCCCAGCCGUUGGCCGGCAUACUUGACUUGAUCGUCAACGAUGGACGUCUCCAUCGACGUCCGGCGAAAAAAUAGAACGGCGAGAGAGAACCCGUACGAAGACGAAUUCGUCGCCGGAGAUGAGGUCGGUGUGAAGAAGAGGCGAAGCGGUGAUGAUCGCGGUAAGAGAGCGAAGAAAGCGAGCGAGACCGAGGUGGAGUUGAAUCGGGUUAUGGUGAAAGAACAGCGGAAGCAGUUGUCGAAUUUUGAGACGGAGAAAUUCGGUAAGAAGAUUGUGAAUUCCGGUGAGGAGUUGACGGAAUCCGGCGACGGACUGAGAAAGUCCGGAGGAGGUCGGUCUCGCGCGUUGGUGGACAGAAAGGCGUUGAACGUCAACGGAUCGGACAAAACAAAUAAAAAUAAGGAGCAUGUGAGUCUGACGUGUCAUCAAUGUAAACGGAAUGAUAAGAAUGGUGUUGUGUUCUGCUCCAAGUGCAAAAGGAAACGCUACUGCUACCAGUGCAUUUCAAAUUGGUAUCCUGGAAAAUCGAGACAGGCGAUUGAGAAUGCAUGUCCAUUUUGUUGUCACAACUGCAAUUGCAAAGCUUGCUUACGGGAGUAUCUGUUUGUGAAGAGUUGUGAUAAACAGUUAGAUGCCAGUACCAAAUUGCUGCGACUGCAGUACUUGUUAUUUAAAGCUUUGCCUGUUCUCAGACAUAUUUAUGGAGAGCAGAAGUACGAACUAGCGAUAGAAUCAAACUUACGAGGUACCCCGCUGACAGGAAAGGAUAUAACAAGGUCUGCACUUGGCAUCAGCGAGCGUUUAUACUGUGACAAUUGCCGUACAUCCAUUGUUGAUUUUUAUAGAAGCUGCGCCAACCCUGGUUGUUCUUAUGAUCUGUGCCUUACUUGUUGUCGUGAACUAAGAGAAGGUGGCCAACCUGGAGGUACGGAAGCAGAAACAUCCCACGAAAAAUAUGUAGGUAGAAAUCAGGGUCAAAUUACAGUUGGGGAGGGUGGAACUAUAGCACAAAGAAAAAUAUAUGGGAGGGAGAGUCAAAUGGAGUCUGCUGCCAAUAAUGAAACUGAUGUGGCCUUCCAGUUUCCUGAUUGGAUGCCUGAUUCUGAUGGUAGCAUUGCAUGCCCUCCGAAAGAGCGUGGAGGUUGUGGAACUGCAAAUUUGGAGCUGAGACGCAAUUUCAAAGCUAACUGGGUAAUAAAGUUGAUUGAGAAUGCUGACGAUCUUACCAGCAAUUUUCAGGUGGUGGAUGCUGAUUUUUCUCAAGGGUGUUCUUUGUGCCGCUCAAAAAUUUCUAAAAGGGACAACAAAAUCGAUUCUACAGUCAGGCAGGCAUCUUUCAGGGACGGCACUCAAGAUAAUUUCUUGUACUGUCCAAAUGCCAUAGAAGUGGGAGAUCAUGAAAUUGAGCAUUUCCAGUGUCACUGGAUAAGAGGUGAGCCUGUGAUUGUCAGAAAUGUUCUUGACAAGACAUCUGGUCUCAGUUGGGAACCAAUGGUUAUGUGGAGGGCUUUCAGAGAAACAAGUGCCGAGGGAAAGGUCAAAGAGGAAACAAGAAGUGUAAAAGCCCUUGAUUGCUUGGAUUGGCAUGAGGUUGAGAUUAAUAUACGCCAAUUCUUCAAGGGCUACUUGGAGGGUCGCAUGCAUAAGGGAGGGUGGCCAGAGAUAUUGAAGCUGAAGGAUUGGCCUUCCUCAACUUCGUUUGAAGAGCGCUUGCCCAGGCAUGGUGCUGAGUUUAUUGCAGCACUUCCUUACAGUGACUAUACAGACCCGAAAUCAGGUCUUCUCAACCUUGCCACAAAGCUUCCUGAUCAAAUGCUGAAACCUGACUUGGGACCCAAGACAUAUAUUGCGUAUGGGUUUUCUGAAGAACUUGGAAGAGGUGAUUCAGUUACAAAGCUCCAUUGUGAUAUGUCUGAUGCGGUGAAUUUACUGACUCACACAGCUAAGGUGAAGAUUUCACCUUGGCAACGUGACAGCAUAAAAACAAUGCAUAAGGAACAUGCAGUGGAAGACGCAUGUAAACUCUAUUUUGUAAAAGAUAAGGAGGAUGGAUUUAGAAGACAACCACUGAAAAACAAUUAUGUUCCUCAGAAAAUGGAUUCUGAAUAUGCAGACAGUGGGGAUAUUAUUGCAGACGAUAGCCCAAUAAUAGAAAGAGAAGACAUUAAGAAGACUAAGAUUCAGAUUCAGAUUCAGAUUUCUGACCACGAAAAUCCCUUGGAAAACGAAGCCAACUCCUCAAGAUGCAAUGGAAACUUUGAAUCUGAUUCGAAUGUAGAGAAUACAGAUUGUGGGAUACUUCAAUUGGGUAAACAGACAACUGAACUGAAGGAAAACUCUUUAACAUGCAAUAAAGCUGACAAAGAUGAUGAGACCUCUUGUUUUCUAGAUUAUAAAUCAAGGACAUUAGAUCAUUCUGGGGUAAAAGAAUCCAUGGAUGUGAGUAUGAAAGGAGUUGAAUGCCUCUCAGGAAAAGAUCACCUUGAUGAAGGCAUCUACUCUGUGGACUUGGAUUCAUCGUUGACUGAAAGCAUGUGCUGCAAGUCAACAAAACCGGAGGAAUAUGAAGCCGAACAGAAAAGUCACUGCCAAGAUGAGGCUGGUCUGAGCUCGGCUUUUUCUAACGCUGAAGAGUUGCAUUGUGCUAAUGGACUCGAAUCUGGGACCAAACUUGCACAUCAGGGAGAUAUCUCCUAUCAAGAAGCAAUUCAUACUACCAGCGACGGUGUGGCAAAGAAGCAUACCAGUGGGAAAGAUGCUCCAGGGAUUUCUUUUGGAGGCGAUAAUGGAAUUAGUGAUUCAGGGUCUAGAAAGUCAAACCCUGAGGAAAUUGACGGUUUCCUCGAAAGUAAUGACGAGUCAGAGGUUGCUCAUGGAGGUGCUGUUUGGCACAUAUUCCGUCGGCAGGAUGUUCCGAAGUUAAUUGAAUACUUGCAAAAGCACAAAAAAGAAUUUCGCCACAGAGAUAACCUUCCUCUAAAUUCUGUUGUUCAUCCUAUUCAUGAUCAGACCCUCUUUCUGAAUGAAAGGCAUUUGAAACAACUGAAAGAGGAAUUCAAUAUUGAACCUUGGACAUUUGAGCAACAUCUUGGUGAGGCCGUUUUCAUUCCAGCCGGGUGUCCUCAUCAAGUGAGAAAUAGACAGUCCUGCAUUAAGGUGGCCCUUGACUUUGUAUCCCCUGAAAAUGUUGAAGAAUGCGUUCGGUUAACAGAAGAGUUUCGUUUGCUUCCAAAGAACCAUAGAGCCAAGGAAGAUAAGCUGGAGGUUAAAAAGAUGACACUUUAUGCCGUAAGUGCAGCUGUAAGAGAAGCCAAAAGUCUUAUGUCAAAUGGGUAACUGUGUAAACUUCUUGGAAGGUGCAACUAUUACUCCAAGGAGGGAAGCAGCUUAUUGUUUAGCAGAAGGUAGGAAAAUGAGAGGGUGUGCAUAUUGCAGGCUUUGUGCAACACCAAACAGAGAUUAAUUUGUUCUGUUUCAGGAAAAGAAUAAAUCCAUAUUGCUUCAAAAUUCAUGUUACAAAGAGAGAACAUGUGAAGUCAGAACAUACUCGGAGCGGGAAGUGCAUUGUAGAAAUGUGUCAGCAAUACUUCUAAGCUAUAGUUGCUGUAAGUCAGGUUUGCAAAGCUCAGUUUUUUCAAAUUGAAAAGAGUUUUCUAUAUGAUCGAUCGAUGUAGACGAAAUUUAGUCAUCAUCAACCAAAAGCUAAGUUAAUAGUGCAUGGAAAUAUGUUAAUAAUUUCUGUAAUUCCAACUCUUGUGAUGAAAUCAUUGUCCAUUCUUGAAUAAAAAGAGGCAAAUGGUUCAUUGUUCC